ACUAGUGCAACCAAAGUAUAAUUCACUUGAGAAAAAAAAAUGACCUGAUUUGAUUGAUCCUUAUUUGCUGCGUAAUUAGAAAAUAUCGCACCUAAUUUAUUGGAAAAUCGAUCGAAAGGCGAACAUGUAUUACAAAGUAAAAAAAUACUUUGUUACGCGAGACUUUCGUUAAUUUUAUACAAACAAGAAGCACUCACUAUGCGCUUCAACUUGUAUUGUUUGUGAUAAGAUUUGUAUGAUAAGAUUGCUUAUGUAUUUAACCCAUAUUCGACCAAACAGAAACAUAUGAAACUUAUGCUAAGUAUUAACAAUUCUCUAUUUUCUCUUUUUCAUCACAUAGAAAAAUCUUAUGACUAGUAGCAUCUAGUGUUAGCAACUAAACAUUAUGUUUUUAUCGUUAAGUUGUGAGUCAUAUACACUCACUCAGAACGAUUCCUUAACAAUAGAGACUCUGAAUGGAGAAAUAAUUUCAUGCCCGCUUUAAAAAUGUAUUACACAAAAUUACAAUAAUCUUUGCAUUCAACGUGUACCAUUCCCAUUAUUGCGUGAAACUACUGCAACUGAUUCAAAAUCCAUAUGAUACCAUUUGUCUGACUCCGCCGAAAGUGAAACAUUUCUAUAUGUAAACAUGAAGAUAAAGAGAUCAUUUCUCGACUCAUUGAACUUUGUGCAAUUUGUAAUAAAUAAAUACGCAAUUUAGCAGUUUGGAUUUAUCCAAACGCAAACUGAAUGUUAUCAGUGGGCAGUAUGUCUAUCGGGGCAGUUUUUAAAUACUCUUGUUUGUAUUGGUCAAGGAGCUCAUAUAAAAGUGCACGAUACCAAUUGUUCAACUCAUUUUUAGUCUAACAUUCACAUUGGAUAGUUCAGCACAAUGAACAAGAUUUUGAUAGCAAUUUCAAUCGCCGUGUUAUUCACAUUGGCAUUGUCUUUACCAUUGGACAGCAUUUCUGGUCGCGAAAAAUCUGAAGAAACCGCUGAAUACGGAAAUCAUUAUGAGGGUGAUAUGCUACUGAAUAAAGACCAAUUGGACGCUCUUUCUUCGCCUGAACGAAACGGAUUAAUUAACGAGAAAUAUCGCUGGCCGAAUAAAACCGUUCCAUAUCAAUUGAGCGCCAAUCACACAAAAGAGCAACAAGAUUACAUUGAAGUGGGACUGAAAACAUUGGAAUCCGUUUCAUGCUUGAAAUUCGUUAGACGAACCAAUGAAACGCAAUUUGUUAAUUUAACCGGUGAAGCAGAUGGAUGCUAUUCUUCGAUCGGAUUCCAGAACAAGUCACAAAAUUUGAACUUACAGAAAUACGAACCGGGCUCUGGUUGCUUCCGCCUGGGAACAAUCAUGCACGAAUUCUUGCAUGCUCUUGGUUUUUAUCAUAUGCAGAGCGCGUAUGACAGAGAUGAUUACGUGGAAAUUAAAUGGGAUAAUAUCACACCUGGCAUGGAGCAUAACUUCAACAAAUACAACAGCAGUGUGGUGACACACUUCAACACAACCUAUGACUAUGAAAGCGUGAUGCAUUACGGUGCCUUUGGAUUUUCCAAAAAUGGAAAUGCAACAAUUGUUCCUACUGAUGGCGAUCUAGGUAAAAUUGGACAACGCGAAGGGUUGAGCAAGAAAGAUAUAUGGAAGCUUAAUUUGAUGUACGAAUGUGAAAACACCGUUGAACCGGAACCCGAACCCGAACCUGAGUACUAAUUCAUUCGUGUCGUAAUACAAGAAUUUGGAAUGAUUUGAAAUGAAGAAUAAAAUACAAUAAAAUCUUUUAAUCCAAAAA